AUGUGCUGGCAGGGCCUGCUGCUGCUGUCGGACCGGCAGUGCAGCCGCGUAGCAGAAAAGUUGAUUUCUUUGCUUGCGAACUUUUUGUCUUUUUCUCCCUCCAGCAGCAGCAGCAGCAGCAACAGCAACAGCAGCAGCAGCAGCAGCAGCAGCAGCGGCGGGCGGUUGCCUGCUGCAGUUGCAGCAGCAGCAGCAGCAGCAGCAGAACCUGCGCUGGAAGCCGCGAAGCUGAGGUGUCUGUACACCUGGCGGCUUCUCCUGAGCCACUUCGUGCCCCUCGUUGCUCAGCUGUCUGUACACCCCAGCGGCUCCCACGUGCUGCAGACGCUGCUGCAGUCCCUUCCUGCUGCAGUGCAGCAGGAGUUGCUGCUGAGCAGCAGCAAAGAGGCCAGGAAAAAAGCAAAGAAGCGCAGCCAGCAGCAAGAGUUCCAAGAUGCUGCUGCUGCUGCUGCUGCUGCUGCUGCAGAGCAGGAGGGGCCAACAACUGCGGAUUUAUUCCUGUCUAUGGUGGAUCAGCUGCGGUAA